AUGGCAGCCGCCUUGGGCAUAAGGACGGAACUUUGUCAUAUAUUACGACCCUCAAUAACUCAAAUGCGUUUGUUGAAUCAGAGAUGUUUUUGCAACAAACCGCCAGCACGGGAUGCAGCUCACAAGAGAACCAACAGGUCAACUAGACAUGGUCAGCCUGGUGUGGUGCCAGACAAUAGACUAAACACAUUUGAUUGGUUAUCACAGUAUGGGCCCAGGUUUGUCAUCCAAGGCGAACAGGUGCAGGUUAUCACAGAGCCUACACAGUUUUAUGAAGUGCUAAAAUUGAAGUCCAGAAAAGCUAAAAAGAGAAUAACACUUGCAUCUUUGUAUCUAGGAAGUGGUGAUCUGGAAAAGGAUUUGGUUGCUUGUGUGAGAGAGGCAUGCCUGGCUGCUGUUGUUUCUGGGAACUCUGACUUUCAGGUGAACAUUCUUCUGGACUACACCAGGGGCUCCAGAGGCACAGUCAAUUCCAGAUCCAUGUUGCGUCCCCUUCUUGCUGAGUUCAGAAAUGUCAGCGUCUCAUUAUUUCACACGCCUGACCUCCGAGGACUGUUGAAAAAACUUAUACCAGACCGCUUCAACGAAACAAUAGGAUUAACACAUGUGAAGGUUUACCUGUUUGAUGACAGUUUUAUUAUUAGUGGGGCAAACUUGAGCGCAGACUACUUCACCAACAGACAAGACCGUUACAUUCUCUUCAACAACUGUAGUCAGCUGGCAGAUUUCUUUCAUGACUUUGUCAAGGCAAUCAUGUCCUUUUCUUUAUCUCUAGCGCCGGACAAUUCAUUACGUUUGGCACCUGACUGGAAUAUUCAUCCAUACAAAGACAGCAGCUUGAAAUUUAAAAUGGCUGCUAGGGAGAAGAUUGAAUCCUGUUUGAGAAUUGGAGAGGCAGUCCACAGUAAAAAAUCUCCUGCUGAUCUACAGAAUUCUGAAUCAGGUGGCAAGAGUUUUACAGAUGAACCUUUAUCAAACUCUCAGCCAGGAGACACUGCUGUGUAUCCACUCGUCCAGAUGGGUCCUUUUGGGGUGACCCACGAUGAGCAGAUGUUACUGUGUUUGUUGAGAUCUUCAGAUGCUCAUGACCACAUUCUGCUAGCUUCUGGGUACUUCAACCUGACAGAUUACUACAUGUCUGUGAUUCUGAACCAGUCUUUGGCCAAAUUCAGCAUUCUUAUGGCUUCACCACAGGCAAAUGGAUUUUUAGGAGCUAAGGGUGUUGCGGGUGCCAUACCGUACUCCUACAUCUAUUUAGCCCAUCAGUUUUUGAAACAAGUGCAGAAAACACAUCAGAAUCAGCGAAUACACUUGCUGGAGUAUGUUCGAGACAGCUGGACCUUUCACGGCAAAGGGCUUUGGUACUAUCUGCCCAGUCGUCAUUUCCCGACUUUAACUCUUGUUGGUUCCCCAAACUUUGGUUACAGAUCAGUGUACCGAGACUUGGAGUGCCAGGUGGCUGUGGUUACAGAACACAAAGGCUUGCAGGAACAGCUUCGGGAGGAGCAUGUUCGAAUGUUUUCCUCUUCACAGCCUGUGACAGAGCAGACAUUUCAUCGUAGAGACAGAUAUGUGCCUCUUUGGGUGCGAGUUGUCACCAGCGUUAUAAAGCAUUUCUUCUAG